UGACAUCGAUAAAUGCGUGAGAGUGCUCGCGAAGUGCGGAUCAGGCUGUCGCUCGCUCGUCGGCUUGUUGUAGUCGUCGUCGUCGUCGGGGGCUCGUGGGCUCGUCGUCGUCGGUCAGUUCGAGCCUCCUUUUCUUUGUCCUGACUAGACCCCCACUUUGUACCCGCGAAAACCUGUGCAGUAGUAGUGUUAGGCAGUGCCGAUCCACAGUGACCGUCUUUCUUUACGACGUCGCUCAGCUGCACCUACUUUCGUGUGUGAGCGAACGUAUCCGGCGUGCCAAAUGUCACUAGGUGGACGAUAGGGUCGAAAUAUACUCGAUCCUCGACGUCAUACAUACACAUGCGUUUACUGUGCAUGUAUACAGCAAAGAGGUAUCAUUCACAUCAAAACGUCAGAAAUGAGCGAUAAUGUAUAUUGUCAGAUACGCGGUAUACAUUCGCGUGAUCUUUAAUGUUACUCCGUGUAUUGCGUAUCACUUCUCGCGCUGUAUUCUCUACAUAUCGUGAACGUGUGUAUGCACCACCGUGUUGCCGUUGUUUCUUGUAUGGGAAUCACAUUUAUUACCGAUCACGUAUACACAUAUUUUCAUUCGCAUUACAUGCGUGUGUAUAGACAUGUUUGUGCGGUGUAAUGUGCAUGUGUACUGAAAGUCGCUUGCAAUCCAGUCGAGAACGGAAUCAAGGGAGCGCCUUUCUGUGUGCUCAUCGUGAACGGAAAACUAUACGAGUAUUAUUGUGAUUGCUCGCGUAUGAUGCGAGUUUCUAGAAGAUUUACGUGUAUUUUGUGCGUGACAAUAUACGUUUUCUCUGACAAGUAAAUUGUGGUUUUAUUAGUAUACUACGUCACAUCAGUUUCUAUGUGUGUCUAUCUGUUACCACAAACUGCGUAUUGCAUGUUUGAUGGAAAUCAUUGACCUCGCGAGCAGUUGACCGAGUUUUACGUUCGUAGAUUAAGAAAAAGAAUUAUAGUUUUAUUUAAACUGAAAAUUUCCUUUUUGGAAAAUUCAAAAUUUUAUGUUUUAUUUUGGAAUAAUUCUCUCUAUUCCAUUUGAAUUCCAUUUAAAUCACUAUAAUAAAAUUCGUCAUAUAUAUUCGAAAUAUCGCAACAUCUAAAUCCAUUCUUUCAGCCAUUUGGUAUAUGGUAAGAUCUCGGUAAGAUCUACGCGUUCAAGGUCGUUGCACAAAACAAGUAGCCGGCACGUAAAGUGGUCGCAUGCACAUGCACGCUGUAUACGAUACGCGAUACUCGUUUCCUGACCAAAAAUAAUAGUUCGUCGAGCGCGCACAAGUCGAACCGGCCGCUGAUCGAGGUCAGGUUCUUUUGCAUUCGUUUAUUCGUUCAUUCGCUUGCUCAGUUGCUCGCGUCUGCGAUAAAUUACCAGCGACACGCGUAAUCUCGACCCUUUCGACUCGCCUAGUGACUGUACUAUAGUGUUCUUUCCAAUUGUACCGUUCGCGCUUACUUGCUCUCUUGCGCGCGCUGUUUUCUGUCUUUGUUGUGUAUGUAUUCGUGAAAUACGCUUUCGGUUCGCUCGCACGCGACUCCGUGUAUGGAAGUGUGGAGCAGCAGUGCGUCGUAUUUUCUUGUCUCGCAUAUAUUCUAUCGGUUGUUGAUUUUUUUAUUUCACGUGAUUUGGUGUGAUCGUAGUGAAUGUUGUGAAACGAAGGUGAAGAAAGAAGAGAACCGACGAAGAUAGAAAGAGAAAGAAAAGAAAAGGACAAUAACGUUACAGGAGUAAAGUGAAACGAUAUUGAGCGGGAAAAGCAAAUAUAUAGAAAAGGAAAAAAGUAAACUGACGUGUGAGUAGAAGGGCAAGUGGAACUUGGAGUAAGAUAAAGACAAACGCGAACGAGAUAGAUCGAAAAUUGUUGAACGGUAAAAACACGGCUACGAAAGGAAAUUAAUACUACGAAACAGUUGACGAGAUAUAUCUAGUAGAAAAAAAAAGACGGUUCUUGAUGCGUAACGCGGUUGGAAAGGCCUGGCCAUCGAUUUGCCGUCCGUGAAUCUAGUGCGCGUUUGAAAUCGGGCUAGUCUCGCGCGCGCGUGUGUGUUACGUGCACCUAAGCGAACGCAGCCAGCGAGGCGCGCGGACGGACGAGAAAAGAAGGAAGAGGUGGCGGUGGUGGAAGAGGGGGCGGAGAAGGAGAGGCGGUUGAACAGGCGGGCGGAGAGAAAAGUUCGAGAAGCGGCAAUACCAGUGCCAGCCAACAUCAACAACAUCACAACAACAACAAUACAGAUCGCCGCGGUGUAUACAAGGCUGCUGCUCGUGGUGUGCGUUCUGAACGUUUAUCGCGUUGUGUGUCGCCGCGCGCGGCGGUGAUCAUCGGUGUGUGUGCCGGGAUUGCAGAGAAAGAGGUAGUGAACCGAAGCCGCCAGAAUUACGCCAAACCGGGGAAAUAUGAGCAUUGCUGCCCUACUACAGGCCGCCGAGUAUAUUGAACGAAGGGAAAGAGAAGCUGAACAUGGCUACGCUUCGACGAUGCCGAUGCCCGAUGAUAUGCGGACGGUCACAAAAAGGCCAAAGACGAAAAAAUCCCAGGGCAGCAGGACAACUCAUAACGAGCUGGAGAAAAAUAGGUGAGUACUUCAUUUAUCUCAUUAACUUAAUCUUAUUUCGGCCUCUUGUUUUGUUUUGCUUGCAUAAUUAGAGAGCAUAGCGCACGAAUACUGGACAAAGUCGCCAUCAUUCACUGAAAGCAAACGAGAAUUAGAUAUUUUAUUCUUCUUAACA